GCCGCGUGGAUUGAGGUUCACAACAGGAAGACAGAAGGCACGUUGCUGGUGAUGGCGCAGCAAGCAGGACGGCGGUAUGUUCGGGCAUUUCUUAGUGGCUUCUUUGUUGCUGUUCCUGUUACCGUCACUGUGCUCGACCGCGUCGCCUACGUGGCACGAGUCGAAGGAGCAUCGAUGCAGCCCUUCCUGAACCCCGACGGGAGGUCUGAGGCUGACGUUGUCCUUCUAAACCGCUGGAGUGUGAGGAAGUACCAGGUCCAACGGGGUGACAUAAUCUCUAUUGUGUCCCCCAAGAACCCCCAGCAGAAGAUCAUUAAGCGGGUUAUUGGUCUGGAGGGAGACUUCAUCAGGACUCUGGGUUACAAGAACCGAUACGUACGAGUUCCUGACGGCCACUUGUGGAUCGAGGGGGAUCAUCACGGUCACAGUCUGGACAGCAACAGCUUUGGACCGGUGUCCUUAGGGCUGCUUCACGGUCGAGCUUCCCACAUCAUCUGGCCCCCGAGUCGAUGGCAGAGAAUCAGACCGGCGCUCCCGCCGAACCGAGGGCCGAUAUACAUGGAAGAAGCAGACUGAUGACCAGAGAUCAGCACACGUUCUAUGUCCAGUAACGUUAUCGUCGGUGAAGCGACAAGCCACAGAACUCUGAAGGACUGAAUCGUCAGACGUUCUGCAGAACUCACACGCUGCAGUCUGCAGCUCCUGGCAUCAGAUUCUGACGUCUGCACUCACCUGCUCAAUCCCAGUUUCUCACUGUACUAUAACCUUAACCCUCCAUUGAAGCUGAACGAAAUCUGUAAUGGAGCUUUUUACAUGUCUCCGGCCUCAAUGCUAAUAACUCAGCGUCUGUUCACAUUACGCUCAUUAAAUCUCUGUUUCAAAUCAUUUCAUGGUUUCGGUGCAUAAAAUGCUUCAUGAAAAUAAGACUUGAUUUCUUGUAUUAGUUUACCUUGUUCGUAAGAAUGCUUUUGUAACAAGAAAAUUGUUGGAAGUACAAAUACGUAAAGUCCACAUGGUUGAUGUCUGACUGAAAAAAAACUGGCUGUAAAAGUUAUGAUU